CCGGUCCGAAUCCCGGAGGCUGCGGUGGCUGCCCUGGGGCCCGGAGCCGAGUUGCUGCAGGCUCCCGUAACCGCAGCUCGUCUUCCCUUCACGCCCGCCCAGACUGCCCGCUCCAUCCGCAGAAAGCCGCGCGGGUGCCGGACGAUGGCAGCGCGGGGGUCGGGGAUCGCGCUGCGCCUCCAGCUCCUCUUCCAGCUGGUGGCCGGGCUCUGGGGUCCGGCGGGCGCGGGGCGCGGCGCGGCCAGAGGAUUAGCUGAACCAUCCUCUAUUGCAAAACAUGAAGAUAAUUUGUUUAAGGAUUUAUUUCAAGACUAUGAAAAAUGGGUUCGUCCUGUGGAACACCUGAGUGAUAAAAUUAAAAUAAAGUUUGGUCUUGCAAUAUCUCAGUUGGUGGAUGUGGAUGAGAAAAAUCAAUUGAUGACAACAAAUGUCUGGUUGAAACAGGAAUGGAAAGACGUAAAAUUAAGAUGGAACCCUGAUGACUAUGGUGGAAUAAAAGUUAUACGUGUCCCUUCCAACUCCCUCUGGAUCCCCGACAUUGUUUUGUUUGAUAAUGCAGAUGGGCGUUUCGAAGGGGCCAGUACGAAAACAGUCGUCAGGUAUGAUGGCAGCGUCACCUGGACUCCACCAGCAAACUACAAAAGCUCCUGCACCAUAGAUGUCACGUUUUUCCCCUUUGACCUCCAGAACUGUUCCAUGAAAUUCGGUUCGUGGACGUACGAUGGCUCCCAGGUCGACAUCCUUUUAGAGGACCGCGAGGUGGACAAGAGAGAUUUUUUUGAUAACGGAGAAUGGGAAAUAGUGAGUGCCACCGGGAGCAAAGGGAACAGAAGUGACAGCUGCUGCUGGUACCCUUAUAUCACGUACUCGUUUGUGAUCAAGCGCCUGCCUCUCUUUUAUACCUUGUUUCUUAUCAUACCCUGUAUCGGGCUCUCAUUUUUAACUGUACUUGUCUUCUAUCUUCCUUCCAAUGAAGGUGAAAAGAUUUCUCUCUGCACUUCCGUCCUUGUCUCCUUGACCGUCUUCCUUUUGGUUAUUGAAGAGAUUAUUCCCUCCUCUUCCAAAGUAAUCCCUCUGAUUGGAGAGUAUCUAGUAUUCACCAUGAUUUUUGUGACCCUGUCAAUUAUGGUGACUGUCUUUGCCAUCAACAUCCAUCAUCGCUCCUCCUCGACACACAGUGCCAUGGCGCCCUGGGUCCGCCGGAUAUUUCUCCACCAGCUUCCAAAGCUGCUGUGCAUGAGAAGUCACGUAGAUAGAUAUUUCACUCAGGAGGAGGAGGCUGCAAGCCCCAGCGCCCCAUCGGCUUCUCAGAACACAUUGGAGGCGGCGCUGGAUUCGAUUCGUUACAUCACAAGACAUGUGGUGAAGGAGAAUGAAGUGCGUGAGGUUGUUGAAGAUUGGAAAUUCAUAGCCCAGGUUCUUGAUCGGAUGUUUCUGUGGAUCUUUCUUCUGGUUUCAAUUAUAGGAUCUCUUGGGCUCUUUGUUCCUGUGAUUUACAAGUGGGCAAAUAUAAUAGUACCAGUUCAUAUUGGAAAUGCAAACAUGUAAUACUUCUCAGGGAACUGUAGGAGGAAUUUAGAUACCAGAAGUCCCCUUUAGUGUAUGGUACUGGUAAAAUUAUGAAAACGUAGAUGGUACUGGACAUCUGAGAUUAGCUUUAGCAGAUUAAUAGCCACUGACAUCAAUUUGUCUUCGUAGAGUGCUGGUAGAUUGUCUACCUGCAUGUCUGAAGUAGUAAUUCACCCAGUGACAUAUGAUUUCCUAAAAAUGGCUAUAUAUUAGUCAUACUAGUGAAAAUCUGUAUUUUGGCAAAUACUAGUUUGUAAUCAACAAUGAUAAUUAUCUUUUGAUUGUGCUGGAAAAUUGCUGUUGUAUUGGAGACUGAUUUUUUUCAGCAGCUGGUAUAAGUAUACAUUUUUUAAUUGCUUCUGUUCUGUGCUCACUGGGAAACAGCUCAUUUGCAUAUUCAAUUAUUGCCAUCAUGUUAAGUAGGUUUGAUUUCUUGAUAUAAUGAUGUAUUGUGAUGUAAUACAUUUCUAUAACCCAUGCUUUUAUAAAUGAAAAAGGGAAA